AUGGCACCCGAGCAGCGCAAGGAGAACUGGAUUCAUCGCGCGGCGAGCAACCCGCAUGUGAAGGGUGGGAAUAUCAGCGUCCUGGGGAGUCAUCUCGUGGCAGCCUCCAGCGAGUUCUUGGGGACGUUUUUCUUUCUCUGGCUUGGAUAUGGCGGCCAAUUGAUGGCCCUUACGCAAGCCGCCGCCCCUGCUGGACAGAGCGGAGGCGCCAGCAGCCAGACGGUUGUUUUCAUCUCCCUCAUUUAUAGCUUCUCGCUACUUGUGAAUGCAUGGGCGUUCUACCGGAUCAGCGGCGGCCUGUUCAACCCAGCUGUCUCCAUGGGUCUCAGUUUUGCUGGGCAGCUCCCCUGGGUCCGAACCGCAUUUCUCAUCCCUGCACAGCUGUUGGCAUCCAUGUGUGCUGGUGGCCUAGCAGCAGCAAUGUUCAGUGGCGACAUCUCUCAAGUUAACACGCUAUUAUCGGCGGAGACGUCCACAGCAAAGGGCUUGUUUAUCGAAAUGUUCAUGACCGCGGAAUUGGUCUUUGUCAUCUUGAUGCUCGCCGCAGAAAAGUCAAAGGAUACGUUUCUGGCCCCAAUCGGCAUCGGACUAGCUCUCUUCAUUUGUGAACUUGCAGGAGUAUUCUAUACGGGAGGUUCCUUGAACCCUGCUCGAAGCUUUGGUUGUGCUGUAGCCGGUAGGAGCUUUCCUGGGUAUCAUUGGAUAUACUGGUUGGGACCAGUUCUGGGGGCGGCCUUGGCGGCUCUGUAUUAUCGCUUCGUCAAGUGGGCUCAUUAUGAGGAAGUAAAUCCGGGCCAGGAUAGUGCCGGUGAUCAUGAGAACACCGAGGCUGUCUGA